GAAUGGAUAUAUUUAACUAUAGUGAAAAGUUACCAUAUGAAGAAUCAUCAGACUUCGUAUACGAUCUUCACCUUGCAAAUUUGUAUAUUAUUGGACCAGGUGAAAUAGUUACUUUCAAAUAUAGCAAGCAUAUUCGUAAAGUGCUUACUAAUGCGUUAGGAAACUUAUUCGCACAACCUCAAUAUGAUCAAAUCCCAUAUAUUAAUUCAGAUGUUGUCUCUUUGCCAUAUAACAGAACAGUUCUCACAAUAGUGUGCUUGUCUACUGUAGUUGUAACAGAAGAAGAAAGACUGGUUUUAACUUUUUCUGAUGUUUUUGGAUUUGUUGGUGGUUUCUUCACAUUAGCAACUUUAAUUUUUGUGCAACUAUUUGGUGAAUCUACCAGACGUCCAUGGGGCAUUGUGCAAUCUCUUUACUGCUGUG